AUGAAAUCCCUCCUCCCCUUCCUCGGCGUGGCAUCCACCACACUAGCCCUAACUAUUCCCGACACGCAACAGAUCCUCGGCGCUUUCACCGACUUCUCCGCGCGGGAAACCUGUCCGCAGGCUGCCAAAGUCGCCGCUCCCAACGACGGCCUGCACGAUGCUAGUCUCUUUCUGUCCGAUGCGGCGUUCCGCUCGCGACAGGCCAAGCGUCUCUCGCGGGCUGUCCAGGCCCCUACCGCUAUCUCCGACUAUAUGGUCGACCCAUACGACCCGGCCUUUGAGCCGUUCGUCGAAUUCCAGGAAUAUCUGGAGGAGACCUUUCCUCUUGUUCACUCUCGGGCCAAGGUAGAGCACGUCAAUCGCCUCGGCCUACUCUUCACGCUGCAGGGCAGCGACACAGCAGCCAAGCCGCUCCUCUUCAUGGCACACCAGGAUGUCGUCCCCAUCGACGAUCCCUCAGACUGGACACACCCGCCCUUUGCGGGCAUCUUCGAUGGCGAGUGGAUCUGGGGCCGCGGCGCAAGCGACUGCAAGAACGUGCUGAUCGGGCUGCUGUCCGUGGUGGAGGAACUGCUCGAGCAGGACUGGGCACCGCAGCGCACCGUCGUGCUGGCCUUUGGCUACGACGAGGAGUCGCACGGGUUCCUCGGCGCGGGAGCUCUUUCCUCGGUGCUGGAGGAGCGGUAUGGUAAGGAUAGCUUCGAGUUCGUCCUCGAUGAGGGUGGGAUGGGCUUGCAGAGUCUGGCGGGUGACGAUGAGGUGGUUUAUGCGCUCCCCGGAGUCGGCGAGAAAGGCUCUAUCGAUCUGGUUAUGGAGAUGGCCGUUCCUGGUGGACACAGCUCCGUCCCGCCCGCGCACACGGGGAUCGGCAUCAUGGCCGAGAUUCUGUAUAGCCUGGAGCGCCAGGAACUCUUCUCGCCGUGGCUGCAUGAAGCGCACCCGGCCCACGGCAUGCUUGAGUGCCAGGCACGCUACUCGCCGGAGCGCGUUGAGCCCUGGCUAGCUGACAAGCUGGCAGCCGGAGACGCCGCCGCGCUGGGCGAGGCGGUCGCCUCGUCGCGCGGCGCUGCGGUGCGCUACUUGCUGCAGACGUCGCAGGCCGCAGACCUCAUCCGCGGUGGCGUCAAGACCAACGCCCUGCCCGAGAAGAUCUCCGCGACGGUCAACUACCGCGUUGCGCUGCACCAGACGCCGGACGAGCUGGUCGACCGCGCCCUGCGCAUCAUCAGCCCUAUCGCCGAGUCGCACAAUCUCACCGUGCAGCUUGACUUCCCAGACCUAAAGCAGACGCUCCGUCACUCGUUGCUGGAUGACGACCCUGCUGAGCCCGAACGCACCCUCACGCUCUCUUCGCUCAGUGUGCCUCUCAUGCCCGCCCCGAUCUCGCCGACGGACCCGCUCUCCUCGAAGACCUGGGCCCAUUUCGCGGGCGUCACUCGCUCCGUCUUCGAGUCGCACCCGAACCCGCUUUCCUCUUCUUCCAAGAAGAAGCCGACGGUCGUGGUCACGGGCGAUGUCAUGACUGGAAACACUGACACGCGCUUCUACUGGCCGCUCUCGCGCAAUAUCUACCGCUGGAGUCCGUCUCGGGUUGGCGGCGCCGCCAACAUCCACACCGUGGACGAGCGCAUUCGGCUGGAUGUUCAUCUCGAGGGGAUGAUGCUUUACUAUGAUCUGAUUCGGUCCUUUGAUGGAUGGGACGAGUGA